UAAGAAUAGAUCAGCAGCAGCAACGAGGACAGUUUAUCUUGAGCACAGGCGUGAGAGGACCCUACUUUUUGACCCAAAGCCCAGGAAGCCCUUACCUGAGCAUCAUGUUUGGCCCUUUCAAGAGCUGUCAGGGCAUCUUACGCCUCCUGGAAAUAAUCUUCAGCGCUUUGGCCCUCAUCAUGGUCAUCUUCAGAGACAGGAUGGUGAGUCCAUGGGGCGUGUGGUGCGAGUUCGUCUGGGUUUUCUGCAUCAUCGUGCCCCUGGUCCUGAUUGUGAUGGAGGCCAAGUCGUGGCACAUCCUCCUGGCGGCCUUCCUCCCCAACUGGGCCGACCUGUGCUGCGGGCUGACCAUGCUGUGUGCCGUGAUGAUCAGCUCGGCCUCGGUGAUCUUUGCGGUUGUCUUCGUCUGCGGCUCCUGCAUCGUCAGCAUCCUGUGUGUCAUCUUCUCCCUGGUGGCCACUGUCGUCUUCCUGGUUGACGCUGUAAGGCAAAAAAUGGCGUGUCCAAGCGGCUACCUGUCCCGCCUGAGAGGGCUCCUCCGCAUGUCAGAGGCUUUUAUAGCUUGUAUCAUCCUCACUGCUGCCACUGACUACUUUGUUGUCUACGCGCGGUCCUCCUUUGGGAUGAUAUGCAGCAUCAUCGUGUUCGCUGUUUGCCUCCUGGUCACCGUGGUCAUCAUAGUUGUCCAUCUGCUCAAGCUGCUGCAAGCUCUCCUCCCAUUCGGCCUCAGUAUGAUGGAGUUUGUGUUCAACAUUGUGGCAGUGCUGUUGUACCUGCUCGCCAUCACUCUCUGGAUUGUCUUUGGUUACAAACGGUACAGGUACAAUUCCUACGGCUGUGAGUAUUGCUCUUAUGCCGACUAUAUCACUGUUGUCGUUGGAGCGAUUGUCAACCUUGUCCUGUACAUUGUCGACCUGGUUUUAUCCUUUAAAUCCCGCUAGAAGAAUAAACAUGACAUGCAUUGAGAGAUAACUGGAAAGGAGCUGUGUAUGUGUAGCAACUGUACGUUAUGUAAUAAAGAAUGCAAAGUAAUAAUUCAUCUAGAGCCCGAAUUUAAAGGGGCCAUAUUAUGCUCCAGGCAUAUAUGGCCCAAUGUGGGCCCUUUAAGUGAAAUACUUUUUUUUCCUCUUUAAUCUUCAAAAAAAUAGCAUGAAGUCUUGCAUUGCAGUGAACAAUGACAGGGUAAGAGUGACAGCAUUAUGUCACAUUGUCAAUUGCAGCUAAAAGUGCAUAUUUCAUUCGAACAGGUAAUGAACAGAUAAAUCUAACCUCAUGUCGGAAGAUGUUGUAAAUCGUUUUCCCCCUGAAUCAUUUAUCAGGUCCAACAGGAUUGAACACAUCUCGCCACUUUAAAAAUCAUUUCAUUGGCUACCACUUUGUUUUAGUACAGAUUUUAAUAUUUUAAUGAUUCCUUAAAAGGCUCGCAGGGGGUUCCAGAAUACAUUUGACCAGAGUCCCUGUGAGCCUGUAUGAAAGCUGGGCACCUCUCGUAGGUCAUUCCUGGCAAUUCCUCGAUUUAACCUUAAAACUAAACCUGUCCAGGUCUUUUCUGUUCGGGCCCCGCAGUCGUGCAAUAUCCUGCCAGAGGAGAGCAGGGAAGCAAACACUUUUUAAAACCCACUAUUUUGGACUAAAUUUUAUUUAUUCCACUGCUUGUUUUGUUUAUUUAUUUAUUUAUUAAUUUUACUGUUUGUUUUAAUCUUUGUUGCUUGUCUUCUUAAUUUUAUGUAACAUGCUUUGUAAUUCUUUUGAAAAAGCAUUAUAUAAAUAAAGGUAUUGUUAUCAUUAUUAAAUGAUGUACCCUUCUGUA